AUGCCUGAGGGAGCCCACGGACUGUCCAAGACCAGCCCCAGCCUUGGGUGUGGCCGAAGAGGUGACGUUUGCAACUGUGCAUCUGUAUGUGAAACCCGAGCAGACGCCCCUGACUGCCCGCUCUACGCCCCCACAGCCCCCAUCAUGGCUUCCCCCCGAGGGUCUGGGAGUGUCACAUCCCUAAGCACUGUGGGCUCCGAAGGGGAUCCAGUGUCCGGGCCUAUGCCAGCUUGCUCUGCAUCCAGGCCAGAGCCUCUGCCAGGGCCCCCCAUCAGCCUACAUCUGUCACCUGUGGGGACCCCUGCCUCAGCAAAACCCUCACGGCUGGAGCGUGUGGCCCGAGAGAUCGUGGAGACUGAGCGGGCCUAUGUUCGAGACCUCCGCAGCAUCGUGGAGGACUAUCUGGGGCCUUUGCUGGACGGUGGGUCCCUGGGGCUGAGCGUGCAGCAGGUGGACACGCUGUUCUCCAACAUCGAGGACAUCUACGAGUUCAGCAGUGAGCUCCUGGAGGACCUAGAAGGUAGCAGCAGUGCCAGGAGCAUUGCUGAAUGCUUCGUGCAGCGGAGCGAGGAUUUUGAUAUCUACACGCUGUACUGCAUGAACUACCCAAGCUCCUUGGCCCUGCUUCGGGAGCUGGCUCUGUCUCCCCCAGCGGCCCUGUGGCUACAGGAACGUCAGGCCCAGCUUCGCCAUUCGCUGCCUCUGCAGAGCUUCCUGCUGAAACCAGUUCAGCGCAUCCUCAAGUACCAUCUACUGCUGCAGGAACUCGGCAAGCACUGGGCUGAGGACUCAGGCACUGGGGGCCGGGAGCUGGUGGAGGAGGCAAUUGUGUCUAUGACAGCGGUGGCCUGGUACAUCAACGACAUGAAGCGCAAGCAGGAGCAUGCCGCACGCCUCCAGGAAGUACAACGACGACUGGUUGGCUGGACUGGCCCAGAGCUCAGCGCUUUUGGGGAACUGGUGCUAGAGGGGGCCUUCCGAGGUGGUGGAGGUGGCGGCCCCCGGCUGCGAGGGGGUGAGCGGCUGCUCUUCCUGUUCUCACGGAUGUUGCUCGUGACCAAGCGCCGGGGGCCGGAAUAUACCUACAAAGGCCACAUCUUUUGCUGCAACUUGAGUGUAAGUGAGAGUCCUCGUGAUGCUCUCGGUUUCAAGGUGUCGGAUCUGACCAUUCCCAAGCACAGACACCUGUUCCAGGCCAAGAACCAAGAAGAGAAGAGACUUUGGAUUCAUUGUCUCCAACGCCUCUUCUUUGAGAACCACCCAGCCUCCAUUCCCGCCAAGGCAAAGCAAGUUCUCCUUGAAAACAGCCUACACUGUGCUCCCAAGAACAAGCCCAUCCCAGAGCCCCUGACGCCCCCACUUGGGUCUCCUCAACCUCGAAAUGCUAGAAACUUCACUCCCGGACGAAGGAACACAGCUCCAUCCCCAGGACCCUCCAUGACCCGCCAUGGACGCAGACAGUCUGCCCCAGCUAAGCCCAGACCCAAGCAUGAUGGCAGUGAGGGGCAACUGUUCCCCCUCAUAGAGUCUCAGCCACCAGUUCCAGCUUCUGGACCUCCUCCCGAGGACCUGGAGGAUGCCAGACCUCCCACUCUGGACCCUUCUGGAACCUCCAUCACUGAAGAAAUCCUGGAGCUGCUGAAUCAGAGAGGCCUCCGGGAUUCCGCGUGCCCACAACCACCAUCCUCCCAUGAGGAUAUUGCCAAGUUCCCCAGAGACACCCAGGUGCCAAAUGACAGCAACACCCUCGAAUUCCAGGCCUUGCCCAGUCGGGACUCUUCAGAGGAGGAGGAGCUGGAGGUGGAGGUGGAUGACCGAGAGCCUUCUCCUCUCCAUGUCCUGGAGGGGCUCGAAACUUCCAGUGCUGAAAUUCCUGACAUUCCCAGCCUUCCCAGCCUUCCUGAAAUUCCCGAGAUUCCCCGCCUUCCUAGUCUCUCUGACAUUUCCAGCGUUUUCGAAAUGCCCUGCCUUCCAGCCAUACCCAAUGCCUCUGACAUUGCCAGUCUUCCCAGAUCUCCAACCCUUCCCUGUGGCUCCUGGCUCCAGGAUCCUCUGAGGGAGCCAGAUGACCCUCCGGCCACCAGGAGAGAACUGUUCCCAGGAAGUAAGUCUGGAAAACUGAGCGACUCCUCUUCAGGAAGCCAGGCAGGGCAGGAGGAGAAUGAAGGGUUACUGUUUUCAGAUUUCAUGCCCAAGGAAAUCACUGAAGAGUCGGGAUUCCCAGGUGAGCUGGAGCCCGGCUCGUGCUCAGAAAUCCGGAGUGCCUGGCAGGCGAUGGAGCAAGGACAGCUGGCCCAGCCUGGCUUUCCAGAGCCACUGCUGAUCCUGGAAGACUCGGAUCUGGCUGGAGGCAGCAGAAGUGGGAAGGCAGGAACCCCAAGUGUGGCGAGGGCAGCCUCCCGGGUACGUGAGCUGGCUCGGCUCUACAGCGAGCGGAUCCAGCAGAUGCAGCGGGCUGAGACACGAGCAUCCACCAACGCCCCCCGCCGCCGACCUCGGGUUCUGGCCCAGCCCCACCCGUCCCCCUGCCUGCCCCACGAGCAGGCCGAGCCAGGGUCCCUGCCUGCCUUUGGACACGUGCUGGUUUGCGAGCUCCCCUUCACACUCAUCUGUGCCCAGGAAUCUGUCCCCCUGGGCCCUGCUGCCCACAUUCAAGAUGCUGCACCUUUAACUAAACAGGGUGGCUGCCUGCAUGGUCAGGGGCUACAUGUUCCAGAUUUGUCUGAGCAAGACCAUCUGGGCAGCCCAAUUGCUUCACCUGCAGCUGAACAAGGAGGCCUCCGAGAUGCCCAGGUUCUGGCUACCACACGGUUGCUGACGCAGGAAGACCACUCAGACAGCCAGGCUCCGAUUAUCAUAACUUCACCUGCUCAAGGAGACCACCUGCAAGUACACGAUCCAGCCGCCGCUCCUUUGCCUGAGUCAAGAGACCACCUGGACAUACAGGAUCCAGCCUCCACUGUUCUUCCUGAACAAGGAUGUCUUGUAGAGCUUCAACUUCCAGCGCCUUCAACUUUGUCCAAACAGGGAAUUUGUGAGAUCAUGGCUUCAGCCACUGUGCUCAAGCAAGAAGCCUUCCCAAACAACCAGAGCCUCCCUAGCAGCCCAGUAACCGAGCAAGGAGACUCCAGGGGCAUUCAGGGCCAAGCCAUCAAUCCCUUGGUUGGGCUCGGAGGCAGCGAGAAUGAUCAGACUUCAGCCAGCACCCCGCUGCCCUUGCCACAUAACCUCAAAGACAUGUCCGUGCCAGGUACCACACCUGUGCCUGCACCUAGAGGCCACUUGAACUGCCAGAACCCAGCCAAUGCCCCCCCAGAUGUUCAGGUGUCAGACAUCACACCUUUGACUCUAGAUGGAGAUACCCUGAACUUACAGCUCCCAGCCAAUGUUCCAGAGUCUUUGCCACAAGAACGUCCAGACGUUCAGGCGCUGGGUACCACAUCUCUGUCUGCACAUGGAAGCCGCCUUGAUUACCAGAUCCCUGCCUGCCCUCCAUUGUCUUUGCCCCAAGACCUCCCACACAGUCAGUUUUCAGUGGCCACACCUUUGCCCCAGCCACAGGCCCUCACCACCAUCCAGGUGCAAGCCCUCACAGCUCUGCCCAAGCAGGAAGACCUCCCGGACAUCCAGAGCCCCAAACACACACCCCUGUUGGAACAGAGAAGCCUCACAAACAUCGACGUUCCAGCGGCCACACGUUUGCCAGAGCAUGGUGACACAGGAGACAUUCUGGGCCUGUCACCCACUCCAGCUCAGACCCCCCUGGUUUUGUCCAAGCCAGGAGGCCACUCAGUCUGUCAUGUUGCCAGGUCAGAGUCUGCAGACUUGACUCCACCCCAGAGCCCCCCGCCCCCCACCCGUCAGCUCCUAGGUCCCAAUGCAGUUGCCCUCUCAAGAUACCUAGCAGCCUCCUACAUCAGCCAGAGCCUAGCCCGGCGGCAGGGUCCUGCAGGAGAGGUACCCCCAGCCUCCAGGGGCCCCUGGUCCUCCUCUGCUCCCACAUCACGGGCACCGUCACCACCACCCCAGCCCCAGCCCCCACCACCUCCAGCCAGGCGACUCAGCUAUGCCACCACUGUCAGCAUCCAUGUGGGGGGUGGGGGGCGGCUGAAGCCAGCCAAAGCCCAGGUCAGGUUGAACCACCCUGCUCUCUUGGCCCCCACUCAGAAAUCAAUGGGUCCUCGAAGGGCCCAGGGAGCACCCGAUGCCCCUUUCCACUUGUGA